AUGGCAACGCCCAUAAGCUUCAGCGAUUCCUUGGAUACAACCAAUCUCAAAGAUCGCUCAGUUCUAAUAACUGGUGCGGCAUCCGGUAUCGGUCUGGCAUGCGCAAUCAAGAUGGCUGAAGAAGGCGCGAUUGUCACGAUGGCCGACCGGCAGAAUACAGCGGGGGCAGUAAUUGCAGAGCUAACAGCUCGAGGGCUCAGAGCGCAGUUCGUACAAUGCGACGUAACAUCUUACGAAGCACAAGCCUCUAUGUUUCAGUCCGCGAUACAGUUUGGCGACGGGCAGAUUGACGUUGUCAUCCCUAAUGCAGGCAUUCUGGCCGAGAAGAACAUGUUCGAUAUGGUACCAACCACUUUACCAAACCUAGGAGAUUCGCCGCCUCCGGUCCCAGGCUCCGCUUGCUUGUCGGUCAAUCUUGACGCCGUAUACAAUACCUGUUAUCUCGCGUUACACUACUUCCGACUCCCGCGCACAGCCGCAACAACGUUCACGCCUAGCAUCGUUCUUAUCGCCUCACUGGCAGCCUACAUCGGCUACCCUUACAGUACUACGUACAGCAUGUCCAAGUUCGGCGUUCGAGGACUCUUCUAUAGUCUUCGCGAGCGUGCUAUGCGCUCUUCAAUCCGCCUUAACCUCGUUGCGCCAUGGUUCGUCGAUACUGGCAUUACCAAGCAAGACGAUUUUGUCGCGGACAAUGGUGCCGUGCUUGGAAUUGUAGGGUAUGCAUCUAUGGACAGGGUAGUUGAUGCCGUGAUGAGGUUUUCGUCGACUCAAAACCUUUGUGGCAGGAGCGUGGGUAUCUUCCCAAGGGGUAAUGAAGAUAUUCAUGAUGAUUUAGAGGGAGGGUUUGGCGGUGCGGUAGUGGGAAAGCAUAUGCGCGAAAUCAAAGCGGUCAUUGCUCAAGACAUGCAGAAGCAGGCUCACAGCGCACCCUAG